CUAGAUUGUAUCCUAGAGGUUAUGGGUGCAUCCUGGGCACAAUCCACCAAAGAGACUUACGGUGCAGGACUCCUAGUAUUUCAUGUAUACUGCGACACUCUCAAUAUCUCAGAAGAGCAACACUGCCCAAUUCCCCCCACUCUCCUUCUUGCCUUUUUAUCGAGCUGCGCAGGUUCGUACUCAGCAUCAGCACUAGCCAAUUAUGCAGCCGGUUUGAAGGCCUGGCACCUUCCACAUGGCUGUCCAUGGAUUGUCGAUGCCAAAGAGCUUAAGGCUAUCCUUGACGGAGCAGCCGCACAUGCUCCAACCUCUUUGAAAUGUUCUAAAUGUGCCCCAUUCACAGUAGACAUUCUCUCAAUCAUUCGCUCGCACAUCAAUCUCAACGACCCUCGAGACGCAGCCAUUUUUGCAUGUAUCACAACCACAUUCUAUUCCAUAGCAAGACUUGGGGAGUUUACUGUACCUACUAUCAAAGCCUUUGACCCCAACAAACAUGUCACUUGUGACUCCGUUUCAGCCGCUGUAGAUCACAAUGGCCUGCCAGUCACAAAAUUC